UAUUAUAUUCUAAGUAGUGUGAAUAAAUAUUAGAGUUUUAGGCGUUGUCCGCAAAAACUAAACAAUUCAAUUAAAACGCAAACAAAAUCAUGACUUUCUUAGAACAAUUUCCACCUUUUCAAGUUUGCUGUUUGUGUAUAAAUUUACGAACGGGGUGUAUUUUCACGGCGAUUUACUUUAUAUUAGAGAGUAUUGGACAAAUCGUAGGGAAGGCAGUUUAUCUUACAUAUGACAACCGAGACAAUGACGGCUAUGUGUUUUGGACUCUUUUAAGCCAAAUUGCAUUUUGGCACAUCGUUCAGAUUCUUCUGGGUGCUAUUUUAUUUUUGGGAGCCAUAAGAAAAAAAAUUGGUAUGGUCGGACUAUAUUGUUGGAUACAACUGAUUCUUUUGAUUGUGGAAUGCUCCUUCUUGGUCAUAGCUUUGAUCGGAUAUGCAACAAGUGCCGUUUACUACAUUCCACUUUUUGGAUUUCAUUUUUAUCUAUGGUUAUGUAUAAACUCAUACUUUUUGGAACUUUUAAGCGAGAACGAAAAUCAAUAUAAAAAGAAAUAUAGACAAACUGAUAGAGUGUUGCAUUAAAAGUAUUGUUAGAUUUAUUUCAUUC